GGUGCGAGCGAUUAACACAAGGAGAAGACAGCAAGGGGCUUUUUACAAUCUUUUUCAAGAAAUAAAACAGAUCAGCAAAUGUUCCAUAAGUAUACAAGUAUGACACUGCCAACAUUCGAGCACUUGAUGGACAUUGUUAAUCCAAGCUUAACGAAACGAAGUCCACGGGCACUUGAACCAGAGCAACGAGUUGCUUUGACAUUGCGAUUUUUAAUUGGAGACAAAGUUCCAGCAAUUGCUUUUGCCUAUCGUGUUGGUCUAUCAACCGUACAUAAAAUAGUUAAAGAGACAUGUGACGUAUUUGGAAGACUUCUUGAUCCUAUCUAUCUACGACCUCCUUCGAGAGAAGAAUAUUUACAAAUUGCUGAAGGUUUUUGGAAAUUAUGGAAUUUUCCAUAUUGCUUGGGGGUAAUUGAUGGAAAACACGUCGAUGCUCAAUGCCCCCCCAAUUCUGGUUUUUUGUAUUUUAAUUAUCACAAACGAUACAGUAUCGUGCUUAUGGCUGUGUGUGAUCACAACUAUAAAUUCACUUUAGUCGAUAUUGGGUCUAUGGGGAAGAACAGUGAUGCGGGAAUUUAUGGAAACAGUGACUUGAAUGUAGACAAUGGGAUGCUGGAUAUUCCAAAAGGAACUAGUUGCUUAAGCGGAACCGAUAUACAAGUGCCUUAUUUUUUUAUUGGGGAUGAAGCAUUUCCCAUUGGAAAGCAUUUGAUGCGGCCAUAUUCUGGACGGUAUCUGGGAGAAUGCAAAAAUAUAUUCAAUUAUAGACUUUCGCGAGCUCGGCGUAUAAUAGAAAAUACGUUUGGAAUUUUAGCAAAAAAGUGGAAUAUUUAUAACAGACCGAUCGCUGCAACUCCUGAAAAUAUUAAUAAAUAUGUUUUGACAACUGUAUGUUUGCACAAUUUCUUAAGAAAUAAAGAAGGUAAUAUUAUACAAUUUAAAAACAAUGAUAAAAUUAUUGAAAAUAACCAACAUGAUCAUGUAGCAUUUGCGACGCACAUUAGGGACAGUCUUUGUAAUUAUUUUAUGACUCCGAAUGGAAUGGUCGAAUGGCAGCAUGAUUAUGUAACAAGAGGACAAAAUCAAGACUCCUAAAUGUAAACAUUUUAUCAUUGAUUACACAUGUGUGUUAUAUUGUAAAAUGUAAUGCUAAUAUGUAUUUAUUGUAAGUGAAAUAAACAGUAUAAAAUUUCCCUAU